AUGGGAAUUUUACAGAAUAUACUAUUUUUUUGCUGUAUCUUCUGUGUUUUAGGAGAUAAUAUAUCAACCUAUAGGGACCUGCAUAAUUCAAUAUUUAAGGAUUAUGAUGCAGAGAUUCAACCUAUGCCUACGGACAACGGAAAAUUUAACAUAAGUUUAAAGUUCCAUUUAUUUGCCUUUAACAACUUUAACGAAGUAGAUGGUGUAUUAUCUGUUGUAGGAGCUAUCAGUUUUUUCUGGACAGAUGAAUCUCUAACAUGGAACAAAACAUUGUAUGAUGGAAUCGACCAAAUAAUUGUACCACAGUCAAAGGUAUGGAUCCCGAAAGUGAUACUUGUAAAUAGUGCUGAUACUCUAGCAUGGAUCGGGUCUGACUCGUCGUUUAAUGUUCAGGUUACCAACGAUGGCAGACUUGUCUGGACACCAGGAUCGGUGUUAAAUGCCAAAUGCUCUGUUAAUGUCCUAAAGUUUCCAUUUGAUUCUCAUUCUUGUGAGUUACUUCUCUCUGGAUUUGGUUAUCACAACACUAUAAGACUUAAACCAAUCAGCCCAACUACCGAGAACUCGCAUCUUAUUCUGAGUCAACUAUGGGAGUUGGAAAGUACUACGGUUGCAAAUGAUCUUGAACAUGAAAGUUCUUUUGAGGUGGUUAUAAAUUUCAAGAGAAAACCAGUUUAUUACACUGUUUUGGUGUUUACACCCACCGCUGUCUUAGCUUUGCUUAAUCCUUUGAUAUUUAUGUUACCUAUAGAAUGCGGCGAGCGGUUGUCUUUUGGUAUGACAAUUCUGUUAUCGUACAUGGUGUUUUUAACACUGGUGUCUGAUAAACUUCCAACCACAUCAAAUCCGAUGUCUUUCAUGGUAAUUUACAUUAUACUAUUGUUCGUGACCAGUGCAUGCAUAACCAUGUGUAAUAUAAUUAACAUGAAGUUAUAUUGGUCUGAAGAGUCGGAAGCUACAGGGAUUCAGGGAUGUUUGAUCUCUGUUUUCUCCAAAUAUCGCCAGAAAAACUCUAUUUUAGAUGUGAGCGACAAAAAAAGGAAACCAACAACCAAGGAUUUUUAUGCAGUCUAG